AUGUCGGCCAUCCCUCACUCUCACGUCGACGAUGCAGAGAAAGGUGUUAUGGAACAUGAGCAACCCAUUUCGUUGUCGCUGACAUUGGGCCAAUCUAAUCCCUCGCUCGGGAGCCAGCCGUCACCAACAGAAUCCCAGAAUAACCUAGGCACCAAGACGCCACCAGAGAAAGCAGUAGCCGUCGUUGUCCCAGUUACGAAUGUUGCACCUGCUCUGAAGUCCAAACCAAAGCCAUCCUUUCCACGAGCAUCACGUUGGAUACGAUUUCAACUUUGGUUCAACACUUACCGGAAAUUCUAUACCAUCGUUUUUACGUUGAACUCUAUCGGGCUCUUGUUGGCGAUCAUUGGUACAUGGACGUAUCCGCGGCGGUACACAGGCGCUUUCGUCCUUGGGAAUCUUCUAGUUGCCAUUCUUAUGAGAAACGAACUCUUUGGACGAUUUCUGUACCUCAUUGUCAAUACUCUCUUUGCGAAAUGGCCCCCACUCUGGUUCCGACUCGGAUGCACGUCCGUUCUUCAGCACCUGGGAGGCAUACAUUCCGGAUGCGCGACGUCGGGUUUUAUGUGGCUUGUGUAUCGCGUCGUCUGCAUAUUCCUUGAUCACAGGAACAACCACGACGCGGUCCUCGUCAUGGGUGUCAUUACGAACUUGGCCGUUGCAAUCUCUAUUUGCUCAGCGUUCCCUUGGGUGCGGAACACACAUCAUAAUGUCUUUGAACGUCAUCACCGCUUUAUUGGAUGGCUAGGUCUAGCUUCGACCUGGAUAUUUGUUGUCCUCGGUGACAGUUACGACUUGAACACCCACUCUUGGAAUCCCGAUGGUAUACGCAUUAUCCGUCAACAAGAUUUCUGGUUUGCGCUGGGCAUGACCAUCUUCGUUCUUAUCCCAUGGUUCACUAUUCGUGAGGUACCAGUGGACAUUGAAAUCCCAUCUCCGAAGGUGGUCAUUGUCAGAUUCAAGAGGGGGAUGCAACAGGGGUUGCUGGCGAGAAUAUCCCGAGGUUCGAUUAUGGAGUAUCACGCCUUCGGAAUCAUUUCUGAAGGGAAGCAUGCGGAUCACCAUUAUCUUAUCUGUGGUGUACAGGGCGACUUCACCCGCGGCCUCGUCCAGAAUCCUCCUACGACUCUAUGGACGCGACAGCUGAAGUUCGCUGGUGUUUCUAAUACUUCCACCUUGUACAAGAGAGGCAUCCGAGUUUGUACCGGUACAGGUCUCGGCGCCGCAUUAUCCACAUGCCUUCAGAGCCCGAACUGGUAUUUGAUCUGGAUAGGUUCCGACCAAGAAAAGACCUUUGGUCCAACUAUUUCGGGGUUGAUUGAGAAGCAUCUCAAGCCCGACAAUCGCGUCACACUUUGGGAUUCGCGACAGCGAGGUGGUCGCCCUGACACAUUGAAGCUCAUCAAAGAGACUUACGCGUCAUGGGGGGCUGAAGUUGUCUUCAUCACGUCAAACUUGCAAGGAAACACAGAAAUGAUGGAAGGUUGCAAAGCCGCCGGUAUCCCUGCCUUUGGAACUCUCUGGGAUUUCUAG